AUGACAAGAGAUGCAUUGAGGCUGCUCUACCUUCCAUGGGAUUUAGUAAUUGAGAUACUAUCUAGAGUUCCGACCACAUCUGUGAGACGAUUACGUUUUACUUGCAAGCGAUGGAACGCUUUAUUCAAAGAUCAGGAGUUCAUCAAGAAGCACAUGGAUAAAGCACCAAAGCAGUGUAAGGUUCUCACGUUGAGUGAUUCAAAGGUUUAUUCAAUGAAUGUAAAUCUCAAUGGGAUUCACGACAACGUUGUUGAUCCACAAACGUUGCUGAGCCUAAACGAUUUCCACAAUCCGGAACAAUUCAAGAUAUAUAAAAUAUUUCACUGCAACGGGUUAUUGUUAUGCACUACCACGGACUUAAAACUCGUGGUUUGGAACCCUUUUACUGGCCAAAUCAGGUGGAUCCCAUACAGUGAUCAUUACAAGGAUGAUUCCAAGUUUGUUCUUGGAUACGAAAAUAACAAGUCUUGCCAAACCUAUAAAAUCUUGAGGUACAGUCUUGAAGAUUAUCAAGUUGUUGACCAUGGAGUCUAUGAUUUUGAGUCUCAUUCGUGGAAGCAUCUUAAUGACGUGGUCCCCAAAAACUGCAGCGUAACAUCAAAGGGAGUGUCUUUGAAGGGGAAUAUUUAUUGGAUUGCCCAUAAAAACUAUGAAGAAGAUAUCUUACUUACUUUCGAUUUUUCAACAGAGAAGUUUAGGUGUUUGUCUAUUCCUUUUCCGAGUGUCGAUGAUGAUUGUGUUGCUACAGCUCUCUCAGUUGUUAGAGAAGAACAACUAUCAGUAUUACAUGGCAGUGUUUUCAAUACACGUCCAAAGAUUGAGAUAUGGAUGACGAUACAUGAUAAGAUUGAUCAGACCAAAGUUGUGUCGUGGAGCAAGUUUUUAUCACUGGAACUAGACGAGAAUAAUCCUCAGAUAGAUCUUACAAUUGUCUCAAGUUUCUUUAUGGACGAGGAGAAGAAAGUGGCCGUGUUAUGCGAUCAGGAUUAUAGGAAUAAGAGGAAUACAGACAUGAUAGUGUACGUUUGA